UACGAUAACUUGAGUUUGACUGAAAGGAAAGUUAAGAAGUUUUAUUCAUGCUCAAUUUGUGUUUUUAAUUUCCUUAACUUUAUUUUUAAUGACCUCCGAUUUCUGAUAGAUUUUCCUAGACUAACCUGCUUAGUUCUGGAUCACAAUAAUAUUGAGUCACAUGUGAAAAUUCCAACCUCCACCAAUCUUCAAACAUUGUGGGUAAAUCACAAUAAAAUUACAAAUUUAGGUUUGUUUAUCUCAACGUUGUGCAAGUCUUGUCCAAACCUGAAGUUUUUUUCAAUGAUGAACAAUGAAGCUGCCCCGAGCUACUUCAAUGGAGGUACUUACCAGCAAUAUAUGGAUUACAGACAUUUUGUCAUUGCCCAUUUUCCCAAGUUGGAAGUCCUGGAUGAUAAAAAGAUUGAAGAAAAUGAAAGAUCUGAAGCAAAGAGAAUUUAUGGACGCAAGGUAUAAAAUUAUUUUUUUUAAGAAAGAAUUAAUCCGGUAUCAGCCAGAGGCAAAUUU